AUAUAAACGAAACCAAAUAUGAGGUUUUCUGUUACAUUUACCUUUCUUUCGUUAAUGAUUAUCACCAAGUCUUUUGGAAUUGAUGGAACAAAUCAUUUUAUUUGCAAAACAAUUGAGAAGGCGUUCGGAUCGGAAAGUCAAAUUAGCAGUAGCGAUAUUUCCGGUGACUCUACUAUACAGCACAUUCAAGGGAGGCCAGGAAAGAGAGGAAUACAAGGAAUGAAAGGAGAGAUAGGACCACCGGGAAAUGUGAAUUAUGAGGCUAUCAAUUUGAAAUUGGAAAACAAAGUUAAUCAAAUGCAAGAAACAAUGAGAGAAUAUGGCUCAUCAGUUGCAGAAUUGCAAGCAGAAGUGGGAAAGUUGAAACAACGACAAGAUUUGUGCAAGGUGUCCUACGCUGACAAAUGUUUCUGGUUUAUUCUUCAUAGGAUCGAAGAUGUAACAGCUUCUCAAAUAGCCAUAUUUGUGCUCAAGAAGGAGGAACGCCGGCAAAUAUAUAUGGAAAAAAUCAUUUUGAAGAGAUAGAUGCAUAUGUGGAUUCAAUCUUCCCGGUUAAAACAUUUUGGACUGGAAUGACCAUUAAUUCG